CCCAGAGCGAUCGGCCUUUAUCUCCCUGUUGUCUGCCGGCGCCUUCCCAGCCCUUCUGGCCAUCGACCCUUCUCCCCAUCCUCUAUUUAUUCCUUCCCAUAGAGCAUCCCCCCCUCCCAUGUCUUCUCUAUCGAAGUUUGCCAUCGCGCAGCUGCGCCAGGGCGUCCGCUCCCCGCUUCGCAAGCCCUCGACCCUCCGCAAUGCCACCUUGGCCUCGCUCCACCGUCCCGUCGCCGCCAUGGCCUUCCACACCUCAACAGCCGCUGCUCAGCUUUCCCAAAGCGACACUUUCUUGAACGGAUCCUCCGCCUCAUAUAUCGAGGAGAUGUACGGCGCCUGGCUGCAAGAUCCAAAGUCGGUCCACCUGUCCUGGCAGGUCUACUUCAAGAACCUCAAGGAGUCUGGUGCUGGCCUCCCCGCCUUCAUUGCCCCGCCCAACAUCAUCCCGGGCUCUGGAUCGAGCACCGACAUCCUUGGCACCGACGGCACCGCUUCGCUGCAUAGCGGCUCCGAGUUUGGCAACGUUCCCCAGGACGAAAUCAUGGACCACAUGAAGGUCCAGCUGCUCGUUCGCGCCUAUCAGAUUCGUGGCCACCACCUCGCCAAUCUCGACCCUCUCGAAAUCGGACAAACCCAGCAGCACGCCCCCGAGCUCGACUACAGCACCUAUGGCUUCACUGAGAAGGACCUGGAUCGCGAAUUCUUCCUGGGCUCUGGUAUCCUGCCCCGCUUCAUCACCAGCGAGCGCAAGAAGAUGACCCUCCGCCAGAUCAUUGAUGCUCUCAAAGCUACUUAUGCCUCGACCAUUGCCAUCGAGUAUGGCCACAUCUCCGAUCGCACUCAGUGCGAUUGGCUGCGCCAGCGAUUCGAGGUCCCCAACCGAUACACGUAUUCCAAGGAGCGCAAGCAAGUCAUCCUCGACCGUCUGAUGUGGUCCCACAACUUUGAGCACUUUGUCGCCACCAAGUACCCCAGCGAGAAGCGAUUCGGUCUCGAGGGCUGCGAGUCGCUCAUUCCUGGCAUGAAGGCCCUGAUUGACCGCGCCGUCGAGAACGGCGUCAACAGCGUCGUCAUGGGCAUGCCCCAUCGUGGCCGUCUGAACGUCCUGUCCAACGUCGUCCGCAAGCCCAACCAGUCCAUCUUUUGCGAGUUUGCCGGCUCUGGCGGAAACCACGUCGAGGGCUCCGGUGAUGUCAAGUACCAUCUUGGCAUGAGAUACACCCGCCCCACGCCCUCCGGCCGGAUGGUCGAGCUGUCGCUCGUGGCCAACCCCUCGCAUCUGGAGGCCGUCAACCCCGUUGUCCACGGAAAGGUCCGUGCCACUCAGUUUUAUGAGGACGAUGAGGCCGAGCGCUCCAAGUCGCUGGCUGUUCUCCUCCACGGUGAUGCCUCCUUUGCUGCCCAGGGCGUCGUCUACGAGACCCUCGGAUUCUCGGAUCUGCCCGCCUACUCGAUCGGCGGCUCCAUCCACAUCAUUGUCAACAACCAGAUCGGCUUCACCACGGAUCCCCGCUUCGCCCGCUCCACUCCUUACUGCUCUGACGUGGCCAAGACUGUGGCUGCCCCCAUCAUCCACGUCAACGGCGACGACGUCGAGGCUGUUGUCUAUGCCAUGGAACUUGCUGCCGACUGGCGUGCCACCUUCAAGAAGGACGUUGUCAUUGACAUUGUCUGCUACCGCAAACACGGCCACAACGAAGUCGACCAGCCCCAAUUCACCCAGCCUCUGAUGUACCAGAAAAUCGCCAAGAUGGAGCCUGUCAUCUCCAAGUACAGCCGCGAGCUGAUCGCCGAGGGCUCCAUCACUCAGGAGGUUGUUGAUGCCAUGAAGACCCGCGUCUGGGACAUUCUCGAGGACAACUACACCGCCAGCAAGACCUACCAGCCCAAAAGCCAGGAGUGGGUCUCUUCCGCUUGGCCAGGAAUGAAGGCUCCCGCCGAGCUUGCCGCCGAGACCGUUCCCUCCAAGGCCACUGGUCUGGACUAUGAGAUACUCAAGUUUAUCGGAACCGCUGCGGCCUCCUACCCCUCGGACUUUACACCUCAUUCGAACCUUGCCAAGAUUCUGAAGCAGCGUGAGAAGAGUGUUAUCGAGGGCGAGGGCAUCGACUGGGCUACCGCCGAGAGCAUGGCCUUUGGCUCGCUCCUCGCCGAGGGCAACCACGUCCGUCUCUCUGGCCAGGAUGUGGAGCGUGGCACCUUCUCUCAGCGUCACGCCCUGCUGCACGACCAAAACAACGAAACCUAUCUGCACGUGCCUCUUAACAAUCUGGCUGACGGAAAAACCGUGUCCACUCAAAGCCACUUCACCGUCUGCAACUCGUCGCUCUCCGAGUUCGGCACUCUCGGCUUCGAGCUUGGCUACUCGAUGGCCAAGGCCAACCAGCUCAUCCUCUGGGAGGCCCAGUUCGGUGACUUUGCCAACAACGCCCAGUGCAUCAUCGAUCAGUUCAUUUCUUCUGGCGAGCAAAAGUGGCUCCAGCGCACCGGCCUGACCAUGCUGCUGCCGCACGGCUACGAUGGACAAGGCCCCGAACACUCAUCUGCCCGCAUCGAGCGCUACCUGCAGCUCAUCGACGAAGAUCCCUACAAGAUGCCCGACCGCCACGGCAUCACCAAGGGCAGCUACUCGCGCCAGCAUCAGGACUGCAACAUGCAGGUUGUCUACCCCACUGUUCCCAGUAACUACUUCCACGUGCUCCGUCGCCAGGUCCAUCGCGAGUUCCGCAAGCCGCUCAUCGUCUUUGCCUCCAAGGCUCUCCUCCGCCACCCCCUGGCCAAGUCUUCGAUCGAGGAGAUGGGCCCUGGUACUCGAUUCCAGCGUGUCAUUCCCGAGGUCCUACACCCUAACCCUCUCGUCGACCUUGAUAACGCCAACGCCCAGCAGAGCGAGCCGUUUGUUGCUUCUGGCAACAACGUCGAGCCCCGUGUUCCCCUUGCCCUCGUUUCGGACGCCCAGUACCCGCCUCAGGUUGAGAGAGUCGCCACCGGCACCGUCAAGAGCGACAGCUUCACGCUGCUGCCCCCCAACCAGAUCAAGACCAUCAUCUUCUGCUCUGGCCAGGUCUACUACCAGCUCUUCAAGACCCGUGCCAUGAACAACCUCCGCGACAUUGCCAUCGUCCGUUUGGAGCAGCUCUCGCCCUUCCCCUUCUGGGAGGUCAAGGCGGUCGUCGAUUCGUACGGAUCGUCGCUCAAGGAGAUUGUUUGGUGCCAGGAGGAGGCUGCCAACAGCGGCUCCUGGACCUUUGUUGAGCCCAGACUCGAGACUGCCAUCCGUGAGACCGACUGGUACAAGAGCGACCUGGUAUCUCCUUCCCCCUCGCCCUCUGCUGAAUCCCACCCGCCGACCGACAACCGCUCGCUGUUCUCCCGCAUCUUUGGCGGCUCUACCUCUGCGGACUCGCCUCAACCCGUCACCGUGUCUCCUGCCCAUGCUGUGACCUCGAAACCCAAAACAAAGGGCCGCGAUUGGGUCGACCGCUUCGACUCCCAGCGCGUCGCCGGAGGUCUGACCAACGCCCGCGAGCUCAAGGAGGGCGAGGCCAAGUCCUUCCGUGGCGGACGCCUGGUGCGCUAUGCCGGCCGCGACUUCUCCGCCGCCCCCUCCACGGGUAUCAAGAAGCAGCACAUCUUUGAGGAGCGCAUGCUUCUGUCAGAGGCUCUGAUGGGCGGCCGUCUGAUUGUCCCGGCCUCGGUGUCCCAGGGCGUCCCCGUCUUCGAGGCCACCAACUAGAGCGGCAGCCGAGCCCACUUCAUGUGCAUUCUCGAUCCCGCCGCACGCACACGUUUGCUCCACAUCACAUGCCCAGCACACUCAUCCCUCACUUUCCUGUACACACUCUGCUUGUCCCCCCCCC